CUGGUUAACACUGAGGAGAGAAACUCCACACACAGACAGGAGCACGGCAGCGCCCGGGAUAACGUGAUUAGCGCUCUAUUAGGUCCGCUCCUGAGCGCAACUAGAUGGAGCGCAGAGAUCAUUGUGUGGGGAGAGAGAGGAGACACAGAGGAAACGCUUCAUCCGUCUCAUGGAUCUCCUUUGCUCCUUAUUGAUCUGCGUAAAGAAGUUACCCGCCGCCAGUUUUUUUAAUACCCGUCCGUCUCUGGCAUUGGAGAGGUCGUGUCCGCGCUCAUACGCACAGAUCAGAAGUGACACCCUUAUAAUCAGUGAGGGUUUAUCCUUGAGGAGGCAGUACACAAUGAAAAAGAAAAAUCCGGGAAAGCCUACGAGGAGUGAUUCAGUUCGUUCCCCUCUCAGUCCUGCUGCGAGCAACUAGCUCCGUCCUUCCUGUUGGAUGAUAUUUGUUAACCUCAGGUGAACUCACGGAGGAAGCAAGACAAUCUGCUCCGAUGGAGUUUAACGAGACCAACCAGACUGCUCCAAAUCAGGCCCCUUACAGCCUCGAGGUGUCCCUGCUGCUCACCGUGCUGGUGGGGAUCAUGAUUCUGUUGAUAGUGUUUGGUAACGUGCUGGUGGUCAUAGCUGUGUUUACAAGCCGGGCCUUGCGGGCCCCGCAGAACUUAUUUUUGGUGUCCCUGGCAUCGGCAGACAUUUUGGUGGCAACCCUCGUGAUGCCUUUCUCCUUGGCCAAUGAGCUCAUGGGAUACUGGUACUUCGGUGAGGUGUGGUGUGAGAUAUAUCUUGCGCUUGAUGUUCUUUUUUGCACUGCCUCCAUUGCCCAUCUCUGUGCAAUCAGCUUGGACCGCUACUGGUCCAUCACUCAGGCCAUCGAGUACAACCUGAAGAGGACGCCACGUCGCAUCAAGUGUAUCAUCUUCAUUGUGUGGGUCAUAGCAGCAGUUAUCUCCUUCCCACCUCUGAUCACCAUGGAGAAAGACAUCGGCAAGGACAACCCUGCCUGUGAGAUCAAUGAUAAUAAAUGGUAUGUCAUCUCCUCGUGCAUCGGCUCCUUCUUCCUCCCUUGUGUCAUCAUGGUGCUGGUCUAUGUGCGGAUCUACCAGAUCGCCAAAAAGAGGACGAGGGCACCACCAGGAGAUCGGAAGCGGAACCUGCCCAAAACGGCCACCGUUGCUGCCGCCGAUCAGAAGAACGGCCACCAGAAGCUGAACGGUGAACAGGACAUUGAGCUGAAGGAGGGACUGAAAGGAGAAGGGGGAGCAAAUGAGGAGAAAGGUGAAGUCAAUGGGGUGGACCUUGAGGAGUCAUCCUCCUCUGACCACAAAGUGAACAAUCCAUGCUCGAUUAAAAAGAAAUCCACAAAAUGCAAAACCAGACUGAGCCAAAUCAAACCGGGGGACAGUGACAUCCAAAAGCAGGUGCCAAGCACCAAGGGCAGCCGCUGGAAGGGACGCCAGAACCGGGAGAAACGCUUCACCUUCGUCCUGGCCGUGGUCAUUGGAGUGUUUGUCAUCUGCUGGUUUCCUUUUUUCUUUACAUACAUGCUGAAGACUCUGUGUGUGACCUGCCAGGUACCUGAGACCCUCUUCAAGUUCUUCUUCUGGUUUGGCUAUUGCAACAGUGCUCUGAACCCUGUCAUUUACACCAUCUUCAACAACGACUUUAGGAGGUCGUUCAAAAAGAUACUGUGCAGAAGGGACACUAGGAGAUACGUGUGACUGUCUCCAUCUUUAUGUACAUACUUCUUUUUUUUACUAUAUUGUGCAUAAGGUGUAAACACAUUGACCAUUGUGCAUAUAUCACCGGUUUGUGAGAGCUCUAGGUGUAACUGCUUGGAAAGGCCGGGGCGAGCUUUACAUGCUGCAUCUUCUUUUCAAAACAUCCACAGCUUCAACACAGAAAACAGUAAAAGUGAAAACGUGUUUUUAUCGUAACUGCUAUUUUUAUUUUUUUAUAAGAGUAAAAGUGAAAUCCACGACGUGUAUUGUAUUUUCUAGUACAGUAUAUUGUACAAUGACUGUCUAAAUAUUUGUCUCUAUUUCCGUUGUUAUGGACACAGUAUUGUACCAUUUUGUAUGAAAUGACGACAGCGGUUAGGAUGAUGAUGCUGACUUGUGGGAAAAAUGCAGAAUAAAUAAAAACCCUUUCCUGAAAUUGUC